AGAAGAAACCCCCCAAAGAACGCGAACUUUCAUUGCCUAAUAGACAGUGAACUGUUUCCUGUUUUACCUUCUCUUAUCAUGUCCCAGGAAGAGCAGACCAAGAGCACGGAGGAGUACGACUACGACCGCGAGCUUUACCGCUGCCCCAUCUCGUGGCCCAUCUCCUCCGAUAAGCCGAAGAUGACGAAGAAGGUGUACUCUCUCAUCAAGAAGUCGGUCACGGCGAACAAGAAAAAGGGCAUCGUCAAAGGCAUCAAGGACGUGACGAAGGCGGUCCGCAAGGGACAGAAGGGCAUCCUUGUUCUUGGCGCAGAUGCUUCGCCGUACGACGUCGUGUCGCACUUCCCGGUCAUGGCCGAGGAGGCAAAGAUCCCGUACGUGUGGGUGCCCUCUCGCCAGGACUUAGGCACCGCCACGCAGUGCAAGCGCGCCACGUCGGUAGUGCUGCUGAAGGUGAACGAGGAUCUCAAGGCCAGCUACGAAAAAAUCGUGCUUGCCAUCGAGGACCUGAACUCCGAGGAGUAA